ACCCACCACUUUGAAAAACAAAAUGGCGCGACAGGCAAUCAAAUCUUUAGCUUUGGUUGGAGGAAUAACUGGAGUUGGAUGGGCUCUUAUGACAUAUGUAUCUCCUAAAUCAGAGGAAGUAAAAAAGAAACUUCCAGAGGAUGAAGUAAGAAAAGCUAAAGAUAGAAAUGAGAUGAUUUUUCAACAUCUUCAGGAAGUGGCUAGAAGCAAAGAGCCAUUUUGGAAGAUCAAGCCUCCUCAGUUUGAUAACACUGAUAAUAUUAAAACCAACUCAAGCUCUGUAACUAAAUGAUUAUCACAUAUUAAUCAAUGUGUCUUUGUAUUUAUAUGUAUGUGUAUGUGAUUUGUUCACUGUACUAUCAUAUUUGUAAAAGCUAUAAGCAGCUUUUAUUUUUCUUGUUUAGCGACAAUUGUUAGUAUUUUUAAUGAAAAAUGAAUUCAUCUCGAUUGUCAUUGAUUUGUUAAUGUAGUUCAAGGCUUAAGCAUGAGAAAAUUCAGAAUUAGAAGAUGGGCGUGGUAAUUAUAGACAUAAUGGGCGUGUCUCAAUGGAUUUGAAAUCAAUAUCAUGAGUUGGGUAGAAACAUUAAAACAGUUCAACGCAGACAAGAAAGAGAGCAAAAGUAAAGAAAAAAGACCUCGCACUGCUCCUCAUCCCAAAGAAACUGAUGAAGAACUAUUCUCAAGAUACUACUGUAAAUUUAAACAAGACUCAAAAGCUACUAGAGGCAGUCUUGGUGUAAAUAUACCUCGUUUUUACUCUAAACCACCUAGUGAGGGGAAUGUACUGGAGCUGAAGUUGAGAGAGGAGGCAAGAGCUGCUUUCCUUCAGAGACGAAGCUCGGAAUUAAUGGACAAUGAAGAAUUACAAAAUUUGUGGACAAUACUGGAAGAGAAGAACACGCCCCCUGAUGUUGGUGACGAGCAGAUGAUUGGCUAUCUUGAAUUCAUGAGUAUCUAUAACGACGUCUCCGAGAAAUGUCGUACAUUCAUUACAACCGAAACAUUUACAAAAUUGCUUAAAGACGAUCCAUUGAGAAGGAUAUCUAUUUCCCAGCUAUUCUCUUAUGUAAUGAGAAAAGUAUGGUUGCAACAAACUCGCAUCGGACUUAGUCUUUUUGACAUACAAGGCCUUGGGUUUUUACGAGAAUCUGAUCUUGAGAAUUAUAUACUUGAGCUUAUACCAACCCUCCCUCGUCUUAGCCACCUAGAGGAGUCCUUCUACUCAUUCUAUGUCUGCACUGCCGUAAGGAAGUUCUUUUUCUUCCUGGAUCCCCUAAAGACAGGAAGGAUAAAAAUUCAAGAUAUCUUGGGCUGUGGGUUCCUUGAUGAUUUACUGGAACUCAGAGAUGAUGACAUCAGUGUUGAAGCUGAGGAAGCAAAUUGGUUUUCUGCACAGUCAGCUCUCAAAGUAUACGGUCAAUAUCUAUCGCUUGAUGUGGAUCACAAUGGUAUGCUUAACAAAUCAGAACUUGCAAGAUUUGGAACGGGGACUUUGACUAAAGUUUUCAUUGACAGAAUAUUUCAGGAGUGCCUUACUUAUGAAGGAGAAGUUGAUUAUAGAACUUAUUUGGAUUUUGUUUUAGCAAUGGAGAAUAAACGCGAGCCCCAAUCUUUGCAAUAUUUCUUUAGACUCCUGGAUAUUGAUGGUAAAAGUGCACUGACUAGUUUCAGUAUAAAGUAUUUCUUUCGGGCAAUGCAAGAGCUAAUAGAAGCACAGGGAUAUGAAGCUGUCAAAUUUGAAGAUGUUGAACAUGAAAUAUUUGACAUGGUUAAUCCUAUGUGUCCAGGAUAUAUUACAUUACAAGAUUUGAUUAAAAGUGGACAAGGAGAGACUGUUGUAAACAUGCUCACGGACUUGAAUGGUUUCUUGAAUUAUGAGAAUAGAGAGUUCUCGUUAGCAGAAGGGGGCGGUGAAGGCACUUUUGUUUGAUAUACGUCUUUUUUAGUUUUUAACCAAAUCAACUUAUAUACAUUAGACAAAAAAGUUUUAAAUGUAUAAUAAUUAUUAUUAUUGAUACUGUUGUUAUUUGCUACCGAGAUGAAAUAGAUUUAAUAGAGUCUGAAAA